UCUUCUUCUCAAAACCCUCCUUCACAGUUCUCUCUCUAUCUCUGGUUCGAUCUCCAUUUCAGUAAGAUUCUCCAAAAAUGGACUUCAGAAUCCUAACACCAAUCUUCAUCUUCAUCCUCUUACCAUCAACAAUCACCGCAAUCGGAGUUAACUACGGCCGUAUAGCAAACAACAUACCGUCACCAGAAAACGUAGUUCCACUCGUCCACUCAAUCGGCGCCAACAAAGUAAAACUAUACGACGCCAAUCCACAAGUCCUCAAAGCAUUCGCAAACACAGGAAUCGAAUUCAUCGUUGGCGUUGGCAACGAAUACUUAUCCAAAAUGCGAGAUCCAGAAACCGCCAUAGCUUGGGUAAAAUCAAAUGUUCAACUCUACCUUCCUUCAACAAACAUCACUUGUAUAACCGUCGGAAAUGAAGUAUUAACCUUCAACGAUACAAAUCUCAACUCCGAUCUCCUUCCAGCAAUGCAAAACGUACACUCCGCUCUAGUCUCUCUUCAUCUAGACAAACAGGUUUCCGUUACAACCGCGCAUUCACUCGCCUUACUUGAAACCUCAUAUCCACCAUCAUCAGGUUCAUUCCGACGAGAUCUAACUGGUUUGAUAACUCAGAUCGUGAGUUUCUUAACGAAAACAGGAUCGCCGUUUUUAAUCAACGCGUAUCCGUACUUCGCGUAUAAGGAUAGUCCGAAACAGAUCUCAAUUGAUUUCGUUCUGUUUCAACCGAAUUCAGGAGUAGUUGAUCCUGUAACUAAGCUUCAUUACGAUAACAUGUUAUUCGCACAGAUCGACGCUGUUCAUUCAGCUUUAUCCUCGAUUGGAUUCAAAAGACAAUCGGUUCAGAUCUCGGAAACAGGAUGGCCGUCUAAAGGAGAUGAGAAUGAAUACGGAGCAACGCCGGAGAAUGCUAAGAAAUAUAAUAGUAAUCUGAUGAAACUCAUUUCUCAGAAGAAAGGUACGCCGAUGAGACCUAAUUGUGAUCUGAACAUCUACGUUUUUGCUCUGUUUAACGAGAAUAUGAAGCCGGGACCUACGUCGGAGAGGAAUUACGGUUUGUUUAAACCGGACGGUACGCCGGCAUAUCCUUUAGGUCUUUCGAGUUUACAGUCUGUUGGUAAUACUACCAGCCAUGGCGGAUCGGUAUCAUCGUCUUCUUCCUCCCGUUCGCCGUUGCCGGCGCCGGAAAACUCAUCGACUGGUUAUUUAAAUAUUACUUCUUCUGCGGGAAUUGGCAUAAGUUUAAAAGAAGUUGUGAUGGUGGUGACAAUGAUGGGAUUAGUGGCAUUGAGCUUUUAAAAGUGCCUAUAUUCUUAUUUAAUUCCUAUUAUGCCCCUCCAUAUAAGGUAAUUCUUCUUUCUUUUUUGAAUGUUUUUAUUUAUUAUUUAAUAUUAGAGUUAGAACAAACAAAAAGCCACUAAAUAUUCUAUUUCUAUCCCUAAGAUUUGAUCUACAACGGCUAGUUAGAUGAGGCAAUUAUUAUAGUCUAAUAAUUAAAUAAUUAAUUAUUCAUGUUAGUAGUAGUAGUAAGAGAUUAUAUAUUGAUUCCACGUGAGAAUUCAAUUGUUUUGUAUUUUCUUUUUAAAUUAA